CGGGAUUCGAUCGAUUGAAAUCCCAAACUAAAAUCCGCGAGAGGCGCUCAUAAUCUCCUUUCGCCUUCGCCCUCCCCCCGCCCCCUCCGGAAGUUCGAAAGCAGCGAGAGGGAUCCGCGGAGAUGGCCGGUGCUCUCGCCGGAUCGUGGUGACCCGCGGGGUGGGGUUUGGAUUCGUGCGCGCGGCCAAUAUGGAUUUCGCGGCGAUGAAGCGGCGGGAACUGCAGGCGCUCUGCAAGGAGCACGGCCUCAAGGCCAACGGAUCCAACGCCGACCUGGCCGCCCGCCUCGCCGCCACGCUCUCGAUUCCUGGCGGUGCGGAGGAGGAUGCGGUCGGCGUCGUUGUGGGGAAGGGGUGUUUGAAGCGAUCGUUCGGCGGCGCUAGCGGCGGGGAUUCGGAUGCGGCUAAGAAGGUGACGUUUGUGUUGGAGGAAGAGGAGGAGGCGGAGGUGGGUGGCAGACGCCUCUUGUUGUCGCCUGUUGUUGCCAGGACGAGGGGUAGGCCAAGGGCCGCGGAGGCUCUCUCUCGCGCCCAAGAAAGUGGAGGGGAGCGUCGGAGAACGCGUUCCCAAGUUGGUGGUGAUUCUGCUGACGAAACUGAUACUGGACAGGUAGGUGCAGAUGCUGUGACGAGGCGACACAGGAGGAAUGCGGCGAAUUUGGGUGCAGGUGAUGUGGUUGAGAGGGUAGCUGGAGCUGUAGGCCGGAAAACCUCUGCCAAAGCUGAGCAACAAGAGCUGGACUCUGGAGAAGCAGUUGGUAGGAAGCAUCAGCUGAAGCGGAAGGCCAGCGAGAAUGACGCUGACAAUCUAGAUGUCAGUGUGCAAGUUGGUGUUUCUCGUAGAAGCACAAGGUCUAGUGCUGUUCAGUCUGAGCCUGCUGCCGCACCGUCUCCUGUUGUUCACAACAAAAGAGGGAGGAAGAAGGCGGGAGAUCUGAAGGAACAAGAUCGUGUCAAGGAGCAACCUACUGAAAUUCAACAUGUUGGUAGAACUCUAAGAUCUGGAUUGGUGGUGGCCGGCCCACCGUUGCCUACUGUUUCUGAAAAUAAGAGAAGUAGGUCAAAGGUGCCGGAAGGCGAAACUGAUGUGGAGAAGGUUGCUGAGGUGGAAAUAUCUGGUAGGACUACAAGAUCAAGCUCAGUACCAGCUGCUGCGACGUCACCCAUUGUCGUUGCGAAGAAGAGGAGAAAAACCAAGAAUGUCAACUCGGAUGAAGGGCAACAUACGGUUCCAGAUGUAUCAAAUGAUUCUCCAGUUACAAGGGUCUUGAGGAAUAGAGCUAUUCAGACAAUUGGCAGUACUGACUUGAAGGUAGCUCUCCCAACCAUGCUCAAUGCCGCCAAAGACGGCGUAGAAGAUGGUGUGGCUAAGCAAGAUGGGCAUGUGGGGUCCAAAAAGAGGAAAAUGUUGAAUCGCAGGGCUACAGUAGCCACAAAUGGCGGUGAAAUCCCAUUUUCUGAUAGCAGUGGUAAGGCUUCUGCUAUGGACAUGCACGUAGAGGUACCUGGGCCUGUGAGAAGAUCAAUGCGGAAAUCUGUUGUUCCAUCGUUUCUUGAGCAUGAAACCAAAGGCAUGCAUGGGGAUGUGGAGAUGAAAGAAACAGUGACAAAACCUGUUGGGCGAUCAACCCGGCGAUCUGUUGCCCCAGUUAUACUCGAGAAAGAGUCCAAGGGUCUCACAAAACCUGUGGAGAUCAAAGAAACAGUGACAAAACCUGUUGGGCGAUCAACCUGGCGAUCUGUUGCCACAGUUAUACUUGAGAAAGAGUGCAAGGGUCUCCCAAAAGAAAUGAUUCCUCAAGUGCAUGUUAAGCGACCAACAAAGAAAUCUCUUGUCCCGGCUAUGACUGUGAAAGGAACAAAGAGCAUCGUUACAGACAUGAUUCCAGAAGCACGUGCUGGAAGGUCAAUGCGGAAACCUGCUCUUGCUAUUCUUAAUAGUAAGAAGAAUGAUCACUGUGAAGCAGCCAUCCGCGAGAAGUGUUCAAGUGCUAAGAGUGAAGACUUGGAGAAGCAACAAACAGUCAAGCAACCUGUUAGACGGUUAACACGGAAAUCAUUUGUUCCGGCUGUGCUUGAGAAGGACAGGAAGGCUGUACCUGCAGAAAUGAAUCCUGAUGCACAGUUCAAUAAUGAGAAUGGUGAUCACACUAAAAUGAAAUGUGCUAAGGGUGGACACUUGGAGAAACAACUAGUAGUGAAAGAACCAUCUAGGCAAUCAACACACAAAUCUGUUGCCCCACAUGUGAUUGAGAAAGAAAUUAAGGGUUUACAAGAAGAAUCAAAGUCUGAAGUUCCUGUGAGCACAUCUGUGCGUAAACUGGCUUGUCUUAACGUGGUUGAUAAGGAGAGCAAGGAUCACAGAGAAAUUGUCCCACAUGUGAUUGAGAAAGAGAGUAAGGGUUCUCAAGAAGAGUCGAAGUCAGAUGUUCCUGUGAGGACAUCAGUGCGUAAACUGGCUGGUCCUAAUGCGGUUGAUAAGGAGAGCAAGGAUCACAGUGAAAUUGUCAGGAGGGAAGAGUCAAGUGUUCGCACAAGAAGCGCACAAACAAAACUCCAACGUUCUGUUCAGAAUGACGCGAGUCUGCGGCAAACAAGACACAGAUCUUCGAAGCUAGUGAUAUCACCGCUACCGUCAAAGCCAACAGCUUCAAAGGGAAGACCUGCAAAGAGGAGUAGAACCGCAUCUUUGGAAGAAGUCAUGCCUGCUGAAGAGCAGAAGGAAGACCAAAUUGCUUAUGGUGGCCACACGAGUGAUAUGAUUGAUGUUGCCAGUAGUGCUAAUAGCUUGGAAAGUGGGGUGCUGCCUUCCCCAGCUGAAAAAUCUGAUUUGCGUGACUCACAUCUUAACACUCAGCUGGAGGGCACAGUCGUUGAAUCCAGCAUCAGCCAUGGUAAAGAUGUUAGUAACAUUUUGGAGUUCGAGCUUGAGAGCACAGUAGUAGGUACCACUGAGAAGCCUCCGUCCGAUUUAGCUAUUCCGGACUGUACACAUGUAGGUGCUUUAUCUGAGGAAGCCCUGGACUCAAUAGAAAAUGAUGCUGCAAGGUGCUCACCAGUUCUUGAACAAUCACCCACUGGGCUACAGUUCCUAUUCUCACAGGGAAACAUAGAAGAACCUGAUACACAUAACACUAGUCCAUUUUUUAAAAAUGUCAUGGAAGAAUCAGAUGUUCACAAGGUUGAAUGUCAAGGUGAAACAGUUGUUUCAUUAAAACCUGACUCAUAUCAAGGCUCUGAUGAAUAUUCAAUUAGAGUCGAAGAAAGUGGAGGUUUAAUGUUUUCGUCUCAGCAAAAUAAUGAACAAGAAGGAUUUUCAGUGUCCACCCUCAGAAAAGAUUGGGUUGCAUCUGUUCAGUUGGAUUCGUCAGAGGAUUUGCAUCAUACAGUAAGGGAUAUUACUAGAAAGGACGUGAUCUGCAACGAGGAAGAGAAAACGGACUUUAUUCCUUCAGACAUUAAUGCUCCCCAUGAGAAAUCACAUGCGGAUGAACCUGCCGAGCACGUUUCUGGUGUUAGUGGAGCUCUAUUUUGCAUUUCACAGAGCACCACUGUUGUUGAUGAAGUAAAUUCGGAUUCUUCACCGCUAGAAUCAGUGGAUGCUUUAGAUAAUCACAUAGCAUCUUCUAAUACUGAAGGGCUUCAACAGGAUAAUAUAGAGGAAUGCAAUCUACACAAUGCAAGAGUCACAGAAGACAUCCAUGCAAGUGUCAUGUCUGAAGCUGCACAGGUUGCUGUACCAGAAAGUGGAAAAAUGCUGCAGCCAGAUGUAGAAACAUUAGUAUUGUCAGAUGAGCAGCUUAAGCGCAAGCUGGAGGGUGAUGAUCUCGAAGUACAAAGCUUUAGCCGCGGUGAAGAUGAAUCUCCAAAACAAUCUACAUCAUGUGAGGAUCAAAGCUUUUUAGGGUCAGGUAUUUGUCAAACUGUUUCGCGAAGGGAUACAGAUGUAGUUUGUGUCAAGGAUCAUAGAGAUGACUGCAAUCAACACAGUGAAGGUCAACUUACUUUAGGCAACCUAGAAAGUGACAUGUCUGAACCUGCACUUGAUGAACGAUCGGAAAGUGGAAUAUCAGUGCUCCGAGCUGAAGAAACAUCACCAUUUCCAGAUGAGCAGCUUAACACCAAGCUGGAGGGCAACACAGAACAAACCCUUAUCUGUGACAAAGACAGCAGCAAUGUUUCUCUCACUGAAUUUUUGGGAAACAAUCAUCUGUCUAGCUUGAAGGACCCUACAAUGGAUCCUUGCCAUGACCAGGAGCUCCCAAAUGACAUGCCUGCACCUAAAUCUCCUGAAGAAUCUGCAGUUUUUCUGGAUGACAAAGUCUUGGGUUCAGUGCAAAGCCUUAGCUGUGAUAAAGAUGGUAGCAUUGUCUCUGACACUGGAUCUUUGGGAAACAAGAAUCUGUCCAGCAUGGAGGACCCUUCAAUGGAUCCUUGCCAUGUCCAGGAACUCCCCUGUGGCCCUUCAAUGGAUCCUUGCCAUGACCAGGAACUACCCGGGGACAUGCCUGCACCUAAAUCACCUAAAUGUUCAGUAGGGAUUUGUCAAAUUAGUGCGAGCAUAGGCAAAGGAAACCACAUUGCUAUAGAUCCCCACCAUACCGUGAAGCAAUUGGAUAACCUGAACCAAUCUGCAGCUGCCUUGCUGAGAAACAGGGAGAACACACCUUGUCCCGAUACUCUUGAGCCUAGCAGUGAUCACUUGUUUGUGAUUGAUCCAUCAACACCUAUGGAGCCUCUACUGACGGAAGCAGGACUUAAAGUGGGCAGUUCUGACAAGAAACUACCUAUGGAGCAGGUUCAGCAAGAUGAUUUACAAGUGCAAGAAGGUACCGUAGGGAAGACAGCAUUAGGUUCAGCUACACCAGAGUGUAAACAUGAAUGUGUAUCACCUGAUAAAGCAGGACCACACUCAUUGAAGAAUGAGAGGUAUCCAUCAAGUAUUGAACAAUCAUUAUUUGAUCAGCAGUCCCUUUCUUCGCAGGAGGAUGUACAAGUACAGGAAGGUACCCUAGAGAAGACAGCACUAGGUUCAACUACACCAGAGUGUGAAGAUGAAUAUGGAUUUCCUGAUGAAGCAGAUCCACACUCAUUGAAGAACGAGAGAGGUUCAUUGAUUGUUGAACAAUCACCAUGUAGUCUGCCGACCCUUUUCAUGCAGGAAAGUGUAGAAGAACGCAGUGAAUGUGUUGUCCUUUCUUCAGCAAGAGUUCAGGCUGAAAAUGGAGUUUGUGAGUCAAAUCCUGGUUCAGACCAUGAUACUAGUGCGGACUUUAGUGCAGUUUCCAAAAGUGAAGAUUGUUUGGAUACUUCUCAGCAAGAUAAUGAAAAUGAAGGAUUAUCGGAGGUUAGUCACGAACAAGAUGAUUUCCAAGUACAAGAAGGUACCGUGGAGAAGACAACACUAGGUUCAGAUUUACCAGAGUGUAAACAUGAAUUUGGAUUACCUGCUGAAGCAGAACCCCACUCAUUGAUGAAUCAGAGAUCAAGUAUUGAGCAAUCGGCAUUUGGUCCGCAGUCCCUUAUCUUAAAGGAGGAAGGACAAGGCACUGUAGAGAAGAUAGCAGUAGAUUCAGCUACACCAGAGUGUAAACAUGAAUGUGUAUCACCUGAUAAAGCAGGACCACACUCAUUGAAGAAUGAAAGAUAUCCAUCAAGUAUUGCACAAUCAUCAUUUGAUCUGCAGCCCUUUUCCUUGCAGGAUGAUGUACAAGUACAUGAAGGUACCCUAGAGAAGACAGCACAAGGUUCAGCUACACCAGAGUGUAAAGAUGAAUAUGGAUUUCCUGAUGAAGCAGAUCCGCACUCGUUGAAGAAUGAGAGAGGUUCAUUAGGUGUUGAACAAUCACUUAGUUUGCCGGCCCUUUUCUCACAGGAAAGCAUAGAAGAACCCAGUGAAUGUGUUGCCCUUUCUUCAGCAAGUGUUCAGGCUGAAACCGGAGUUAAUGAGUCAAAACCUGGUUUAGACAAUGAUACUACUGUAGAUUUUAGUACAGUUUCCAAAAGUGAAGAUUGUCUGGUUACUUCUCAGCAAGAUAAUGAAGAUGAAGGAUUAACGAAGGCUAGUAAUGAACAAGAGCAGGUGGCAACUGGUCAGCUAGAUUUGGAGGCUGCAAGUAUCAUGGAGGACGCUGAUUCUGAGGAAGUAGCCUAUGAUGAAGAAAAUAAGAAGCCUGUUCAUCCUACAGACAUUAAUUCUUUGUGUCAAAAAAUAAAUGUCAGCGGACCUGUUGAGCAUGCUUCUGGUCUUGGUGAUGCUUUAUUGAGCUCCUCACUAAUUGCUUGUACCGAUGACAGUGAUGUGCAUCUGAGUUCUAAUCCUUGCCUGUUUGAAUCAACUGAUUUCCCGGAUGAAAUAGAUUGGUCCAAUACCGAGGCUUUGCAGCAGGGUCUCAAAAAGCAGCAAUGCGACGAGCGCAAGGAAUACCAAGUUCCUUUUGGAGCCGGUAAUGAUAUGAUUGAAGCUGGCACAAAAGACAUAAACAGUGGAGUUCCACCACUUCGAGCUGAAGAAACAUCAAAUAUGCGAGACGAGCAGCUUAACACUAAGCUGCCGCGCACAGAAGUUGCGGAAUUUGGCCUUAGCUGUGACAAAGGCAGUAAUAAUUAUUUAGAUACUGAAUCUGUGGUGAACAGUGUUUGUACAAAUAUUCCGUCGGAUUCCAGUUUACCAACGGAUUGUUCUACGGAUGAUUACCAGCAAAUGGAGCUCUUUGAAGGCCCUGCUGAACAAAAAUCUCCCGAAGAUGCUUCUAUGUGCUAUAAGGACAGUGAUCCAAGAGCAGUGACAGCUACCAUUGAGAAGCCUUCACCUUCAUUUGAUUUAGCAAUUCCAGAUUUUAAACAUGAAGGUCCUCUAUCAGAGGAAGCAGUGUACUCAAUGAAGAAUGACACUGAAAGCUGUUCACGAGAUCACAGACGAUCGUCCAUUGGGCUUCGUCACUUGUUCUCGCAGGAGUCAUUUAAAGGACCAGAUGUGCAUGAUGAUCUUGUGCUUCCAAGUACUGAGAAUGAAGAUGAUUCCAACACUCGUCAUGCUGAAAAAAUUGUUUCUUCAGAACCUGAUUCACAUCAAGGGUCUCCUGUAGAUUUAAGUAUAGUUGAAGAAAUUAAGGGUUUGUUUUCAUCUGAGAGAGACGAUGAACAAGGAUUCUUGAGUCCCGGCCACAAAACAGAAUGUAUUGCAUCUGCCCGGUUGGAUUCAUCAGAGGAUUGUAAUCUUGUGAAAAGGGAUAUUAAUACUGAAGUGAUCUGCAAGGAGGAAGAGAAACAGGAACUUGUUCCUUCUUCUGACACUCGCACCCUUCAUGAAACAUCAAAUACUGAUGAACCUGAUGAACAGAGAAUAACCCUGCUGCAAGCUGCGGAAACAUCGGCUUCAGCAGAUAAGCAGCUUAGCUCCGAGCUGGAGGACGAUGAAUUUAAGGAACACAACUUUAGCAGUGAAGAAACGAUUGGCAUAUUUGGUGUUGGAUCGGUGAAGAGUAAUCUAUUCCAUUUGCAUGAAGACUCUCACACCAAUCCUAUCCAGGGAAAGGAGCUCCCAGAUAACCUAUCUGCACCCAAAUCUCCUGAACAGUCCACGUUUGGUCAGGCUGAGAGUCUUUUAGGAUCAGGCAUUUGUCAGGCUGUCGUUCAAAGGAGUACAGAAGAAAUCAACACCAAGCUCCAACAUGAGCGUAAAGAGGAAUGCAGUAAGUACAUUGACGAUCAAACCACUCUCAUGUCUGAAUGUGCACUGUUUGGAGGAUCAGUAAGUGGAACGACACUGCUGCCAACUGCAGAAACAUCUUCAUUGCCAGAUGAGCAAUUUGGCCCUAUGCUCGAGUGUGACGAAUUUGAGGAACGUGACCGUAGUUAUGAUGAAGAUGCAAGCUACUUAUUUGGUUCUGGGUCUCUGAAGAACAAUGUGCCCAAUCUGGGUCAUAAGGAGGAAUACUAUGAGCACAGUGAUGAUCCAGCCAUACUAUCAGGUGGCAUGCCCAAGCCCUCACCGAUUAGAGAAUCAGAAAGUGGAGUGGCACUGCAGCCAGCUGAAGAAACACCAGCAUUGACAAAUGAGCACCUUAACUUUGAGAUGGAGGAACUGGGCCUUUGCAUUAGUGACAUGUCUGAUACUGGAUUAAUGGAGAACAACGAUCUAUCUUGCUUGCCCAAAGACACUUAUAUGGAAACGUGGAACGAAGAUGAGAUUUCAAUUGGCACGCCUGCAGCUAAAUCUCCAGGAGAAUCUGCAGUUUGCCCAGAUGACAGGGUUCCUGGGUCAGUAGGAAUCUGCCAAACUAGUGGGCGACGGCGCAUAGAUGAAAUUAGCACAAAGUUGCUGAGCUUCAAAAUUUCGAGUGCAGUCAAAGGAAGUUACAUUGCCAUGGACUCUGCUGAUGAGCCGAAGCAAGGCGACAACCUGAGUCCGGCUGCUUUGCCAGGGAACUGGGAGAAUGUUUCUGCAGCCAAAGCAGAUAAUCCUGCAAAGCAAAACAGUGACUGCUCGGUUGUGAAGGACUCCUCAAGCUGAGGGACCACCGAUGGAUUGUAGAUUGUUAGGUUAGUGUUUUGGUUCUUUCUUCAACCUUUGGUUGAAGGAAGUGAUUAUGUCUGCGAGGAAGCAAAAUCAAUAUAUAUAGGAGUACUUGUGAGAUUGGCUCCGUGCUUGUCUUAAAACUAUUUGCUGUUUAGUUUAGUGUGUUCAUGAUAAUAGAAGAGAUUGAUGCAAUUGUCCAUAAUACUAUCCUUUAGGUUAGUUUUUGCGAUCUAUGAGAAGCGCUACCUGUUAAUAUCA